UGUCUGUGGCAUCCUGGGGCGGCCAUGGGGCUCUCAGGCCCUCUGCCUGCCCCACAGGCCAUACCCCUGCCCUGGGCACAGCUGUCCUCAGUGCUGGCCUCUGACCCGACGUUGUCCAGGAGCCCCGACCCAGAAGGUGCUCCCACCGCUGCCAGCCUGGACCCGACCCAGGCCCCUCCCACCUGAGGCCCUGCCAAGAACUGCCCAGCCCGGACACAGAGGAGGUUCCUGGGUGGACGCAGGGAAGAGCCUCCCAUUGUCCCAGUGGAGGAAGCUGCCCACGGGCCGAGGAUGAGUCACAGAGCUCAGAGCCACCCACAGCCGCAGCCAUGCAGUGCCUCCUGCUCACCCUGGGCGUGGCCCUGGUCUGUGGUGUCCCGGCCAUGGACAUCCCCCAGACCAAGCAGGACCUGGAGCUCCCAAAGUUGGCAGGGACCUGGCACUCCAUGGCCAUGGCAACCAACAACAUCUCCCUCAUGGCGACGCUGAAGGCCCCUCUGAGGGUCCACGUCACGUCACUGCGGCCCACCCCCGAGGACAACCUGGAGAUCCUUCUGCACAGAUGGGAGAACAACAGCUGUGUUGAGAAGAAGGUCCUUGGAGAGAAGACUGAGAAUCCAAAGAAGUUCAAGAUCAACUAUACGGUGGCGAACGAGGCUAUGCUGCUCGAUACUGACUACGACAAUUUCCUCUUUCUCUGCCUAAAGGACACCACCGCCCCUAUCCAGAGCAUGAUGUGCCAGUACCUGGCCAGAGUCCUGGUGGAGGACGACGAGAUCAUGCAGGGAUUCAUCAGGGCUUUCAGGCCCCUGCCCAGGCACCUAUGGUACUUGCUGGACUUGAAACAGAUGGAAGAGCCGUGCCGUUUCUAGAUGGAGUCUCGCUCUGUCACCAGGCUGGAGUGCAGUGGCACAAUCUCAGCUCGCUGCAACCUCGACCUCCUGGGUUCAAGCGAUUCUCCUGCCUCAGCCCCCUGAGUUGCUGGAACCACAGGCGUGCGCCACCAUGCCCAGCUAAUUUUUGUAUUUUUAAUAGAAACAGGGUUUCACCAUGUUGGCCACGAUGGUCUCAAUCUCUUGACCUCAUGAUCUGCCCCACUCAGCCUCCCAAAGUGCUGGGAUUUCAGUGCCACAUUCUUAAGGGGGUGUCCUCAAGCCCACCACGUCCUUCCAGGGCUCCCCCCACAACACCCUGCUCUUCCUCCGUCUACUUAAGUGACCUGUAAACCCAACAGCUCACCUCCGCCUCCAGGAAGACCAGACUCCCACCCUUCCACACCUCCAGAGCAGUGGGACUUCCUCCUGCCCUUUCAAAGAAUAUCCACAGCUCAGAAGACGAUGACGUGGUCAUCUGUGUCCCCAUCCCCUUCCUGCUGCACACCUGCACCACGGCCAUGGGGAGGCUGCUCCCUGGGGGCAGUCUCUGGCAGAGAUUAUUA